AGCGCCUUACGCUAUUCACAACUAGAAUUGCAAACGGACGUGGCGUACGCCGUUCUCUUCCCCGCUCUCUCUCUCUCCUACUGUCAUCGGAUUUUGCAUUUAUUUCUGGGCUCUUGCUCUUCAACAGAUGGACAGCGCGUACCUGAAGAACCACGUCGGCGCCGUGCUGGCGAAGGGCAUCGCGGAAACGGUCACCGCCCGUCCGAGCAACCCCCAGGAGUACCUCGCGCUCUUUCUGCUCCAUCAGCUGCAAGAAGAGGAGCGCCGUGUGGAGGCCGCGACCCGGCGCAAGAAGGCGAAUGGGCUGCGCGAGGACUGGUCACAGCAGCGGGCGCUGCGGGAGAAGGCGGCCGUCGAUGUCAUCCAACACGGUUUCUAUCGCUUUCAAAGCCGGUUGAAGGCGAAGCGCGCUGUGGAGGAGGAGCUGCGGGGUCGCUACGCGGAGGCGGAGGCAGAGGCGGAGGAUCUGCUUGACCAGGAAGCCGCUCUGAAAGAGAGCGACGCCCACCACGCGAACAACGUGGAGGACGAGGCGCAUGAGAAGGACGCCGCGUCGGAGAAGCUGGCGGAGCAGGAGGCUGCCCUCGCCGACGCACGCGCGGAGUUCUUCAAGUCGCAGCGCUUCCUCCUGCAGCUCAGCAAGACCUCGCUUGGUCAGCUAAAGCAGGAGCUCGUUGACAUGUCGGAGCGCGUACGAAUGGCCCAGGACGUCACCCUGGGCGCUUUCCACCGUGCAGCGGCGCAGGAGUCUGCGCUGGUCGAGGUGCUCUCGGCGCAGUUUCCAUCCGCCGCGUCCAGCGACAACACAACGGUUGUCUCCACACCGGAGGUCUCACCGGCGGUGGCGGAGCUCGCGGCUCGCCUGGAGGAGCACCGUGAUCACCGCUUCAUCUCCGUCCCGUACGUCAACUUUCUCGUUCUGCGCAGCCUCUGCUAUUUGUUGCUCAACGCCACGCCAAAGUCGACGAGUACGCCGGCGAAGGUGGCCGCGUUGGUGAAGCCGACGGUGAUGGUGCAGCAGCUGCGCGCCUUUAACCCCGUCGCAGGCUACGAUCGCGGCAUUCCGCUGAAGCUGGAGCGCAUUGUGCCGGAGCUGGCCGCCGCCGCUGCAGGCGGGGCAGGUGGCGGUGAGGACGGGAACGGCGACGAUGGCGAGAGGAAGAACGCGGACGGCAUGGGGGCGGAGGAGGGCAGCGGUGUCAGCGUGCCGUUUCGGCAGCCGCCAACACGUCAGAUCCGUCGAUCCGCCCGCGUGCUGCGCUUCGGCUGGUUGGACGGGGAGUACCAGUGCGAGCUGAACCCGGAGGACUACUACACCGAGGAGAUGGUGGAGGAGGACGCUGAGAGGGUGGCGGCGGCGGCGGAGGGGGGCAAGCGCGGUAGCAAAACAGGCGGCGGUGUCGAACCGACGGUGGCGAAGAGGGACGGGUCGACGCCCUCCACGCCGAUCCCGACCCUCGCGGAGGAGAUCGCAGCAGCGGCGAAGGCCCGCACGCGUGCGGCGGAGGUGCGUGCGACGGUGACGGCGCAGGUGAAGGAGCGCGGCGGCAUCGUCCUGUACGGCCUCCUGCGCUUCGCCGCCGCGGCGGUGGCCUACCGCCAGGCUCGUGACGGUGUCGCACGGAGCCGUCAGGAGCUCGGGCUGCCGGCGGAUGUAAACGAGGAAAUGCCAGAGGAAGAGGAGGAGGACCCGAUGAAUGACGAGGCGCUCGUCGAUGAGGAGACCGGCGAGCCGGAUCAUGCCGCGACGCUGGCGCUGCAGGAGCGCAUCGGCGUGGACACAGAGGAGGCGCUGACGAAGAUUUGGGAGGCCCGCGACACGCGACAGCAAGAGGCCUACGCGAUGAAGGCGGCCGCCCUGCAGCGGCAGAUGGAUGCGGGGGGCGAGGAGGAGGAGGAGGACGCAGGGGACGCGGAGUAG